AUGGCGUACAAAUUAAAUCUGCCGUUUAUUUCUUUAGGGGCCUUUAUUGACCCUUCAGUGAACAGAGUGCCAUUUAACCCAUCAUUCAUGCCAACACUGUUUUCUAGUUUUAGUGAUAAAAUGACUUUCCUUGAAAGAAUUAUAAAUACUGUUAGAUAUCUAAUGCUAUCAUUACGUCCUUCAGUACCUUCUUUUGAGAAUUUAUCAGAACGAUAUGUACCGGAAAAACAAAGUAUUUCUAAUGAAAAAAUAAAACAAAAGUCCUUAAUGUAUAUUGCUGAUAAUGAUAUGUUAUUGGAAUUUCCACAUCCAGUCCCGUCAAAUGUCAUUAUGUGUGGUGGACUUGCUGCAACACCUGCGAUUCAGUUACCUUACAAACUAGAUGAUUUUGUUCAAAGUUCCCAAGAUGGCAUCGUAGUUGUUUCAUUCGGAAGCAUUAUUAAAACUCUUCCAACGAACACAUUAGUGAUUGUUCUUGCUUUAUCUUUCCGAACUUCAAAUCACCGAUUUUUCAGCAGGACCAAAAGCGAGCGUCUUGUAGUUUACAUGGCCAUAUGCGAUGGUCUUUUUAAUCUGACUCAUUCAUUGGAACAUUUGCAGAUAUACAUUACAAAGAACCAUGUACAGCCACGAGAACUUUGUAUGUUUUACUCCUUCGUCAUUGGGGAGUUCAUAUCCGCACAAAUGUUCAUGGUCAAUGCGGUUUCUAUUAAUGCCUUUAGUAUGAUAUACCUGAGAAAAGAUAUACAUUUGGGAAAAUAUGACUGGAAGCUGUUGUUGUACACUUUUGGUAUACCAUUUGUUGUUCAUCUGGUGUCAGCUUUUCUUGGAAAGCUUGGUCCAACAGGGAUUUCAUGCCAUUUUGAUGCCAUUAAAGGUGCGGAUUUAUUGUUUUUUUACUCCACGAUGCUUACAUUCGUUGUAAUCGUCGUAAACAGCAUACUUUAUAUUGCCACGUGGAUUAGAAUUUACAAGGAAAGUACGGAAAUAGCAAACACACUAGGAAGUGCCGCUCAGUCUAUUAAAUGUGUCCACAAAUCUGCAAGGAAUAUGUCACUGUUCGUCGCUGUAUUUUUGAUACAAUGGUUUCCAUUGGCCGUGUACUCUAUAACUGCCCUACUUGGAGAAAUACCGGAAGUAAUUAUGUACCUGGCUAUUUCCUUCACAAAUAUCGGAGGAGUUCUGAAUGGAAUGGUUUUUAUCAUUAUCAAACGGCGAAAAGAACAUCACAAAUGA